CGAAAAUGAGGGACGGGGCUAUCGGGACGGGAAAGUCCUGGUUCUUAGACUCUGGGAAAUAAUUAGCGAACACUGAAGACCGGCUCCGGCCAAGAGGCCCCGCCCCGGCUUCGAGUGGAAUGUGGGGCGGUGCGCAGGACCGCCUCGCGUCGCAGGCUUGAAUUUCCCUCUUUAGAUCGAGGCCGCCAUGGAAAGGAACCCCCCUGGGGGCACAGGCCCUGUGCACGUGCCUCUGGGGCACGUUGUUGCCAGUGAGAAAUGGCGUGGGUCGCAGCUGGCCCAGGGCAUGCAAGGGAAAAUUAAACUCCUUUUUGAGGAUGGCCUGGCCCCGGUAGAUUUUUACUUAUCUGUCAGAUCCUGCAUUCUUUAUAUCACAGAAGCCGAUCUGGUGGCAGGAAAUAGCUACCGCAAGAGGCUUGUUCGCGUUAGAAAUUCCAGUAAUCUUAAAGGCAUGGUGGUAGUUGAAAAAACGCAGAUGAGUGAACAGUACUUCCCAGCCAUGCAGAAGUUUACUGUGCUGGACCUCGGGAUGGUGUUGCUUCCAGUGGCCAGCCAGAUAGAAGCGUCCUGCAUCAUUAUCCAGUUAGUUCAAGAGCAAACCAAGGAGCCCAGUAAGAAUCCUUUUCUCCAGAAGAAACAGGCUCAAAUCUCUGAGCUGUCCCUACUUCGAACUGUGCAGCAGAUCCCAGGAGUUGGAAAAGUUAAAGCUUCCCUUCUGCUUCAGAAGUUCCCAAGUAUCCAGCAACUAAGUAAUGCUUCCAUCGAAGAACUGGAGCAGGUUGUUGGACAAGCAGUAGCACAGCAAAUUCAUGGGUUCUUCACACAGUCCAGGUGACAGCUCUUCUCACAGCAUCUACUGUGUUUUCUGCUUUACACUGCAAACUACAGGAUCUUGUUUUCUUUUCAUAUUUAAAAAUCAAGAAAAGAGAUUUCCUCACAGCAAUUAGGUGAGGACUGAGUGGAACCUGCUAGUUGUCCUGCGCUGUUCUCUGGGUGCAGGCAUUUAAGUUAGUGGGCCCCAGGUGGUGCUGCCCUGAUUCUGCUACCAUGAACAGGGCCAGUGGCGAUUUUCCUAAGAGUCACUCUAAUUAGGGACUCUCAGACUCAUAAAAAAAGCCAUCUUGGGCGAUUUGAAUGUGUGACCUUGACCCCCAUCUAUCAAUGGAAAGGUCUUACCAAGUUUCAGGUGGUGGAUAUGACCUUCUAAAUACAGGAAACAAACCUACAAUGAAGCACUGUGUACCAUAAGCCCCUUGUUCCUGGUGACACAGUCAUUGUUCAGGUCUGGGCUUAAUAUACCUGUGCUUUGAGGGCUGCUGCCAGUGUAAAUAAACAAUUGAACAGCC